AUGGAGGGCAUGGAUAUGGGCGGCCAUAGCCACGGCUCUGGCUCAAGCAGUACAAGCUCCUCAAUGACAAUGACCAUGGUGUUCACGAAUACCCACGACACGCCACUGUUCUCAAAUGCAUGGACCCCAUCAUCUUCUGGCAGCUUUGCAGGAACAUGCAUCUUCUUGAUUGUCCUUGCCAUCAUCGACCGAUGUCUUAUCGCGUUCAAAGCAACAAUGGAGCGACGCUGGCGAGCCGCUCAUCUCAACCGGCGAUAUGUCACCGUUGCCGGAAAGAACACUGAAGCUGCCAACAUCGAUGCAGACCCAGACGCAAAAAUGGCAUCGCUCAUUACGGCGCAAGGAAUUGAGGAGUCUGUCAAAGUCGUUCACAACAUAUCUCCAGGCCCACUCCCCUGGCGGUUCAGCGUUGAUCUCCCACGGGCUUGUCUUUAUCUAUGCAUCGCUGGCGUGUCAUAUCUACUUAUGUUGGCUGUCAUGACUAUGAAUGUCGGCUAUUUUUGCUCUGUGCUCGGAGGGGCUUUUCUCGGAGAAUUGGCGGUGGGACGUUUCAUUGAAGCUAAUGAGCACGCGCACUAG